AUGGACUUGAACCUGACUCAAGAGGAGGAUCACGGUUCAAAGCUACAGAUCUCCAAAAGUGACUCUAUACAUCACAUGAGCCACUCUCAGCGGCGGCCAGAGCUGCCCCCUCUGCCCCAGUCUGUAAAUGAGGAGCCAUCUGAACUCUAUCAGACUGUCAUGUCACACAGCUUUUAUCCACCCUUGAUGCAACGGACAUCAUGGACCCUGGCUGUACCCUUCAAAGAACAAGACCAACACCGUGGACCCAGCGACUCCAUUGCUAACAACUAUUCCUUGACAGCCCAAGACCUGAAGCUGAAAGACUUGGUAAAGGUCUAUCAGCCAGUCACCAUCAAUGUCCCAAGAGACAAGACCAAUCGGGGGCAGCCAUCAGGAUCAAAAAGCUCAUCUGAGCCCAAGAAGAAGAAGAUGAAGUUAUCUUCCAGAGACAAACAGGAUCCCAGCUGCUCCUACCUGGUCUGCAGCACCUCAGCCACCCGAUCCACAAAACUUGACAUGGACAUGUCUUCAACCUUCCUGGGAAGUAGACCGAUGAGUCCUGAACAGCAGAUAGAUGUGAUGUUGGAGCAGGAGAAGGAAAUAGAAGCUAUAGAAAAAAUUCCAUCUGAAUUAGAUCUGGAGGUGGUUUUUCUCUUGGUUCUAGUUGAUUAUAUUCUCAUGGACCCAGUGGAGAAGCAAAGGCUCUUCAUUGAGAGCCUCCCUCGCGUGUUUCCUCUCAGAGUGAUCCGGGCCCCUGUGCCCUGGCACACUGUCUACCAGAAUGCCAAGAAGUGGAACGAGGAGCAUCUGCACACAGUGAACCCCAUGAUGCUCCAACUGAAAGAACUGUGGUUUUCAGAUUUUAAAGACCUCAGAUUUGUUCGAACAGCAGAGAUACUGGAAGGAAAACUGCCUUUGCAGCCUAAAGAAUACUGGGACGUGAUCCAGAAGCACUGCGUGGAGGCACGUCAGAUUCUUCUCAACAGUUGGAUCCCUACUUGCGCCCAGCUUUUUAUCUCACAGAAAAAAAAUUGGGUUCACUUUGCUCCUAAGAAUGACUAUGACUCCUCGCGAAACAUCGAGGAAUAUUUUGCUUCCGUUGGGUCCUUCAUGUCACUCCAGCUCAGAGAGUUGGUCAUUAAGUCCCUUGAGGACCUCGUUUCCUUCUUCAUGAUACAUAAGAAUGGAAAUGAUUUCAAGGAGCCCUAUGAAGAGAUGGAGUUCUUUAUCCCUCAGCUAAUUAUGAUCAAUCUUGAAGUUCAGGAACCCACUAUUGUCUUUAAUCCACCUUUUGAUGACUGCUGGCAAUUAAUAAGAAAUUCUUUCUUGGAAAUUAUUAAGAACUCUGAUGGGAUUCCCAAGGUAUGGUAUUUACUUCAUUCUUUUGUGGAAUCCAUCCUGUUUCCGGAGUUGAAAGGAUAUAACCUCAUCAUUGGAACUGUUGAUCCUAAAGAAAAUCUUGUUUCUGAUUUCGUGGACCAAACUUUUGAAGUAUUUAAGAAAAAUCAAGUUGGCCCCUACAAAUACUUAAAUGUGUAUAAAAAGUAUGACGAUUUACUGGACAACACAGCAGAACAAAACAUCACUGCAUUCCUGAAAGAAAAUCAUGAAAUUGAGGAUUUUGUGACGAGUAUCAAUGAUAUAAAAAAGCGGAAAAAUGAAAUUGCAUCUAUGCAUAUUACUGUGCCUUUGGCCAUGUUCUGCCUUGAUGCCAUGGUCCUAAAUUAUGAUCUCUGUGAGCGAGCUCAAAAUCUUAAAGACCGUCUGAUUCAACACCAAGUGGAUGUAAACCGAGAUACCAAUACCAGCAUUUGUACUCAGUACAGCACUAUUGCUGACAAAGUCAGCGAGGUUCCUACCAACACUGGAGAGCUAGUAUCUCUCAUUGAAUACUUAAAGAAAUCCAGUGAUGUCACUGUGUUCAAACUCAGGAGACAGCUGAGAGAUGCAAGUGAUCGGCUAGAGUUUUUGAUGGACUAUGCAGACUUGCCCCACCAGAUUGAAGAUAUCUUUGACAACAGCCGAAGCCUGCUCAUGGCUAAGAGGGAUCAGGCAGAGAUGGACCUGAUUAAAAGAUGCUCAGAGUUUGAAUCAAAACUUGAAUCUUAUGGCAAGGAACUGGACGGCUUUAGGAAGCGUGAAGUGAUGACUACAGAAGAAAUGAAGAACAAUGUUGAAAAGCUUACUGAGCUUUCCAAGAACCUAGAUCAUGCACUGGUGGAAUUUGAGUUAAUCAACAAGGAGGAAGAGCUGUUAGAAAAGGAAAAGAGUACCUUUCCUCUUCUUCAAUCCUUGAUGGCCCUCAAAGUACCAUAUGAGCAACUGUGGGUGACAGCCUAUGACUUCAGUUUGAAGUCCGAGGAGUGGAUGAACGGCCCCCUCUUUUUACUGAAUGCGGAGCAAAUUGCAGAGGAAAUAGGAAAUAUGUGGAGGACAAUCUACAAGUUAACCAAGACCUUGGCUGACGUGCCCGCACCCCGGCGCUUAGCAGAAAAUGUCAAAUUGAAGAUUGAAAAAUUCAAGCAGCAUCUCCCUAUCCUCAGCAUUUCCUGCAACCCCGGAAUGAAAGACCGCCACUGGCAACAGAUCAGUGAAAUUAUUGGCUAUGAAAUAAAGCCCACAGAAACAACUUGCCUCUUAAAUAUGCUGGAGCUUGGAUUUGGCAAAUACAUUGAAAAACUAGAACCCAUUGGUGCAGCUGCCAGCAAGGAAUAUUCUCUGGAGAAGAACUUGGAGAAAAUGAAGUCAGAUUGGGUUAAUAUGACAUUCAACUUCAUAAAAUACAGGGACACGGAUACAAGCAUAUUGUGUGCAGUUGAUGACAUUCAGUUGCUGCUUGAUGACCACGUGAUAAAGACCCAGACCAUGUGUGGCUCCGCAUUCAUUAAGCCAAUUGAAACAGAAUGCCGGAAAUGGGAAGAAAAACUAGUUCGUGUGCAGGAGAUUUUGGAUAAUUGGUUGAAAUGUCAAGCCACUUGGCUCUACCUUGAACCAAUCUUCAGCUCAGAGGACAUCAUAGCCCAGAUGCCAGAAGAGGGCAGAAAAUUUGGUAUUGUUGAUGGUUACUGGAAGUCACUCAUGGCUCAAGCGGUAAAAGAUACCAGGGUUCUGGUGGCAGCAGACCAGCCAAGAAUGUCUGAGAAGCUUCAAGAGGCCAACGUUCUAUUGGAUGACAUCCAGAGGGGGCUGAAUGAUUAUUUGGAAAAGAAGAGACUAUUUUUCCCCAGGUUCUUCUUCCUGUCAAAUGAUGAGCUGCUGGAGAUCCUGUCUGAGACAAAGGACCCCCUCCGUGUGCAGCCACAUUUGAAGAAAUGCUUUGAGGGAAUUGCCAGGCUGCAAUUUACAGAGAAUCUGGAAAUUGUGGGCAUGAUUAGCUCAGAAAAAGAAACUGUUCCAUUCAUACAGAAAAUCUACCCUGCAAAAGCCAAAGGAAUGGUGGAAAAGUGGCUACAGCAUGUGGAACAGAUGAUGCUUGCCAGCUUGAGGGAUGUUAUUGGACUUGGGAUUGACGCAUAUACCCUGGUCCCUCGAAACUCCUGGGUCUUGGAGUGGCCUGGCCAGGUGGUGAUCUGUGUCUCCUCAAUCUUUUGGACCAAGGAGGUAUCAGAAGCCCUGGAAGGACAUACCCUACCAGAUUUUCUGAAAAAGAGCAAUAAUCAGAUUGCAGAGAUUGUUGAGCUGGUGCGGGGAAAGCUGAGCAGCGGAGCUCGACUCACUCUUGGGGCCCUCACGGUCAUUGAUGUCCAUGCUCGUGAUGUGGUGGCCAAGUUAGCUGAGGAUAAGGUCUGUAAUCUGAAUGAUUUCCAGUGGAUCUCACAGCUACGCUACUACUGGCAAUCAAAGGAUGUAUAUGUGCAGAUGAUAACCACUGAAGCUUUAUAUGGCUAUGAAUACCUGGGAAACUCACCCCGGCUGGUGAUCACACCUCUGACUGAUCGUUGCUACAGGACACUGAUGGGAGCUUUGAAGUUGAACCUUGGAGGAGCUCCAGAGGGCCCUGCUGGAACAGGCAAGACAGAAACCACCAAAGAUUUGGCCAAAGCAUUGGCCAAGCAGUGUGUGGUGUUCAACUGUUCUGAUGGUUUGGAUUACAAGGCCAUGGGGAAGUUCUUCAAGGGCCUGGCCCAGGCUGGAGCAUGGGCAUGUUUUGACGAAUUCAACAGGAUUGAGGUAGAAGUGCUGUCUGUGGUAGCCCAGCAGAUCCUUAGCAUUCAACAAGCCAUUAUCCGGAAGCUGAAGACCUUCAUCUUUGAAGGCACUGAGCUCUCUCUGAACCCAACUUGUGCUGUCUUCAUCACCAUGAACCCUGGAUAUGCUGGCAGGGCUGAGCUGCCAGAUAACCUCAAGGCUUUAUUCCGGACGGUGGCUAUGAUGGUGCCAGAUUAUGCUCUUAUUGGAGAAAUCUCCUUGUAUUCUAUGGGGUUUCUGGACUCGAGGAGUCUUGCCCAGAAGAUUGUUGCAACCUAUCGUCUGUGCUCAGAACAACUCUCCUCCCAGCAUCACUACGACUAUGGCAUGCGGGCCGUCAAGUCUGUGCUCACAGCUGCAGGCAACCUAAAGCUCAAAUAUCCAAAGGAAGAUGAAAGUGUUUUACUGCUCCGUGCCUUGCUCGAUGUCAACCUAGCCAAGUUCUUAGCUCAAGAUGUCCCUCUGUUUCAGGGGAUUAUCUCAGAUUUGUUUCCUGGAGUUGUUCUUCCACAGCCAGACUAUGAAGUUUUUCUGGAAGCCCUGGAUAUCAACUCCAAAAAGAUGGGACUUCAGCCAGUACCUUGGUUUAUUGGAAAAAUUAUCCAGAUCUAUGAAAUGAUGCUGGUAAGACAUGGCUUUAUGAUUGUUGGAGACCCCAUGGGUGGCAAGACCUCUGCUUAUAAAGUGUUGGCUGCAGCUUUGGGUGAUUUGCAUGCAGCCAACAAGAUGGAGGAAUUUGGUGUGGAGUACAAGAUCAUCAACCCCAAAGCCAUCACAAUGGGACAGCUGUACGGGUGCUUUGACCCAGUGAGUCAUGAGUGGACAGAUGGUGUCCUAGCCAAUGCUUUCCGAGAACAAGCAUCUUCUAUGUCUGAUGACCGCAAAUGGAUUAUCUUUGAUGGGCCAGUGGAUGCUGUUUGGAUUGAAAACAUGAACACUGUUCUGGAUGAUAAUAAAAAGUUAUGUUUAAUGAGUGGAGAGAUUAUCCAGAUGAGUGCCAAGAUGAGUCUGAUCUUUGAGCCAGCAGACCUAGAGCAGGCUUCCCCAGCCACUGUGAGCAGGUGUGGCAUGAUCUACAUGGAGCCCCAUCAGCUAAGCUGGAGGCCCCUAAAGGAUUCAUAUAUGGACACCCUACCUUCCAGCCUCACUGCGGAGCACAAGGAAUUGGUCAAUGACAUGUUCAUGUGGCUGGUCCAGCCCUGCCUAGAAUUUUGUCGCCUUCAUUGUAAAUUUGUGGUCCAAACAUCUCCCAUACAUCUGGCCUAUACUAUGAUGAGACUGUACUCUUCUCUAUUUGAUGAAUUAAGGAAAGCAGAAGAUGAAGAAAGUGAAUUAUUUGAAAACCUGUCUAGUCAACAGAUCUUCCUCUGGCUGCAAGGACUAUUCCUCUUUGCAUUGGUGUGGACAGUAGCUGGCACCAUCAAUGGGGACAGCAGAAGGAAAUUUGAUUUGUUUUUCCGCAACCUGAUCAUGGGCAUAGAUGACAAAAACCCAAGACCCAAAAGUGUCAAACUCACCAAAAACAACAUCUUUCCUGAGAGAGGAAGCGUCUAUGAUUUUUAUUUCGUCAAACAAGCAGGUGGACAUUGGGAGGCAUGGACAGAGUAUAUCACUAAAGAGGAAGAGAAUAUCCCUGCCAAUGCAAAGGUUUCAGAACUCAUUAUCCCCACAACAGAGACUGCCCGGCAGACCUUCUUCCUGAAAACCUACCUUGACCACGAAAUUCCAAUGCUGUUUGUGGGUCCCACGGGCACUGGAAAGUCAGCUAUCACCAACAACUUUCUUCUCAGCCUUCCCAAAAAUAUCUACCUGCCCAACUUCGUCAACUUCUCUGCCAGAACUACAGCCAAUCAGACCCAAGAUAUCAUCAUGUCCAAAUUGGAUCGCCGUCGGAAGGGCCUUUAUGGGCCUCCCAUAGGGAAGAAAGCAGUGGUAUUUGUGGAUGACCUCAACAUGCCAGCAAAAGAAGUAUAUGGGGCCCAACCCCCCAUUGAGCUCCUGAGACAAUGGAUUGACCAUGGUUAUUGGUUUGACAAAAAAGACACAAACAGACUGGACAUUGCAGACGUGUUGCUUGUGACGGCCAUGGGCCCCCCUGGGGGAGGAAGGAAUGAUAUUACUGGAAGAUUCACCCGUCAUCUGAAUAUCGUUUCCAUCAAUGCCUUUGAGGAUGACAUUUUAACCAAGAUUUUCACCUCUAUCUCCGACUGGCACUUCAGAAAAGGAUUUGAUGUAGCCUUCUUAAGGUAUGGGAAGAUGAUGGUACAAGCUACUAAGAUAAUUUAUAGAGCUGCAGUGGAUAACUUCUUGCCAACUCCCUCCAAGUCACAUUACGUCUUUAACCUAAGGGACUUCUCACGGGUGAUCCAGGGGGUACUUCUAUGCCCUUAUACCCACCUGCAGGAUGUGGAAAAAUUUAUCAGGCUUUGGAUCCAUGAGGUUUAUCGAGUCUUUUAUGAUCGUCUGAUUGACAAGGAAGACAGGCAGGUCUUCUUCAAUAUGGUGAAGGAAACCACCUCCAAUUGCUUCAAGCAGACCGUAGAUAAGGUGCUCAUCCACUUGUCACCGGAUGGCAAGAUCGUUGAUGAUAACAUCCGUAGCCUCUUCUUUGGGGAUUUCUUCAAGCCAGGAGCUGACCCAAAAAUCUAUGAUGAGAUUAUUGAUCUAAAGCAGCUCACAUCAGUGAUGGAGUACUAUUUAGAAGAAUUCAAUAACAUCAGCAAAGCCCCCAUGUCUUUGGUCAUGUUCAAGUUUGCCAUUGAGCAUAUCUCCAGGAUCUGCAGGGUCCUGAAGCAGAACAAAGGCCAUUUGCUCCUGGUGGGCAUUGGGGGCAGUGGGCGGCAAAGUGCCACCAAACUGUCCACAUUCAUGAACUCAUUUGAGUUAUACCAGAUCGAGAUCACAAAGAACUAUAUGGGCAAUGACUGGCGGGAGGACCUGAAAAAGAUCAUGCUGCAGGCUGGAGUAGCCUCGAAGAGUACUGUGUUCCUCUUCGCAGAUAAUCAGAUCAAGGAUGAGUCAUUUGUGGAGGACAUCAACAUGCUUCUAAACACAGGCGAUGUGCCCAAUAUCUUCCCAGCAGACGAGAAGGCUGACAUCGUGGAGAAGAUGCAAACAGCAGCCAGAACAGAAGGCCAGAAGAUUGAAGUCACUCCGCUUUCUAUGUACAAUUUCUUUAUAGAGCGGGAAAUUAACAAAGCCUACUUUUUCAAAGCCAUGAGUCCAAUCGGGGAUGCCUUCAGAAACCGCCUGCGGAUGUUCCCUUCGCUGAUCAAUUGCUGUACAAUCGAUUGGUUCCAGUCCUGGCCCACGGAUGCCCUGGAGUUGGUGGCCAACAAAUUUCUAGAGGAUGUGGGACUUGAUGACAGCAUUCGAACAGAAGUCGUCUCCAUGUGCAAAUAUUUUCAAGAGAGCGUGAAGAAGCUAUCUGUAGAUUAUUACAACACCCUUCGCAGACACAACUAUGUAACUCCCACCUCAUACCUUGAACUGAUCUUAACCUUCAAGACACUCCUGAAUAGCAAGAGGCAAGAGGUAGACAUGAUGCGAAACCGCUACCUGACAGGCUUGCAGAAACUCGAUUUUGCAGCUUCACAAGUGGCUGUUAUGCAAGUAGAACUCACCGCCCUUCAGCCACAACUCAUCCUCACUUCCGAGGAGACAGCGAAGAUGAUGGUGAAGAUUGAACAGGAAACCAAAGAAGCUGAUGCCAAGAAGCUUCUGGUACAGGCAGACGAGAAAGAAGCCAAUGCUGCUGCUGCUAUUUCUCAAGCAAUCAAGACCGAAUGCGAAGGUGACCUGGCUGAGGCCAUGCCAGCGCUUGAAGCCGCGCUUGCCGCACUUGACACCCUGAACCCAGCGGACAUCUCACUGGUGAAGUCAAUGCAGAACCCACCAGGCCCUGUCAAGUUGGUCAUGGAGAGCAUCUGUGUCAUGAAGGGGCUGAAACCAGAGAGGAAACCGGAUCCCAGUGGUUCGGGUAAGAUGAUAGAAGAUUUCUGGGGUGUUUCAAGAAAGAUCCUUGGAGAUCUGAAGUUUUUGGAAAGUCUUAAGACAUAUGACAAAGACAACAUUCCUCCAGUGAUCAUGAAACGGAUCCGGGAAAGGUUUAUCGAUCACCCUGACUUCCAGCCAGCUGUCAUUAAGAACGUGUCAUCUGCCUGCGAGGGGCUAUGCAAGUGGGUGAGGGCCAUGGAGGUAUACGAUCGUGUGGCCAAGGUGGUGGCUCCCAAAAGGGAGAGGCUGAGGGAGGCUGAAGGGAAGCUAGAUAUACAGAUGGGAAAGCUGAAUCAGAAACGGGCAGAGCUGAAGCUGGUAGAAGACCGUCUUCAGGCCCUGAACGACAAGUUCGAAAAGAUGAAUACAAAGAAAAAAGAAUUAGAGGAAAACAUUGAGAUCUGUUCCCAAAAGUUGAUCAGGGCAGAGAAAUUGAUCAGUGGUCUUGGGGGAGAGAAAGACAGAUGGACCGAAGCUGCCCGGCAGCUGGGGAACCGAUAUACUAAUCUGACAGGGGAUGUCUUGUUGUCCUCUGGGACUGUGGCCUACCUGGGUGCCUUCACAGUGGAUUAUCGGGUCCAAUGCCAAGAGGAGUGGCUAGGCUACUGUAAGGAUAGGGUCAUUCCUGGCUCCACUGAAUUCAGCCUCAGCAACACACUAGGAGAUCCUGUAAAAAUCCGUGCCUGGCAGAUUGCUGGGCUUCCCGUUGACUCCUUCUCCAUUGACAAUGGCAUCAUUGUGUCCAACUCCAGACGCUGGCCCUUAAUGAUUGACCCACAAGGACAGGCCAAUAAGUGGAUCAAGAACAUGGAAAAAGCAAAUAAACUGUCCAUCAUCAAGUUCUCUGAUAGUAACUAUGUGAGAACCCUGGAAAAUGCCCUGCAGUUUGGCACCCCUGUCUUACUGGAAAACAUUGGAGAAGAACUGGAUGCCUUUAUUGAGCCCAUCUUGCUGAAGGCAACAUUCAAACAGCAAGGGGUUGAAUACAUGCGGCUGGGUGAGAACAUUAUUGAGUAUUCCCGGGAUUUUAAGUUAUACAUCACCACGCGUCUCAGGAACCCACAUUACCUCCCCGAAAUUGCUGUGAAAGUCUGUCUCCUCAACUUUAUGAUCACCCCCUUGGGUCUCCAAGACCAACUCCUUGGCAUUGUGGCAGCCAAGGAGAAACCAGAACUAGAAGAGAAAAAGAACCAGUUGAUUGUGGAAAGUGCCAAGAAUAAGAAGCAACUGAAAGAAAUAGAAGAUAAGAUCUUGGCGGUCCUGUCCCAGUCCGAAGGCAACAUCCUUGAGGAUGAAACUGCCAUCAAAGUGCUGUCCUCCUCUAAACAGCUCUCUGAAGAAAUUUCUGAGAAACAGGAAAUCGCUUCAAUGACAGAAACGCAGAUCGAUGAGACUCGCAUGGGCUACAAGCCAGUGGCUGUGCACUCGGCCACCAUCUUUUUCUGUAUCUCUGACUUGGCCAACAUUGAGCCUAUGUACCAGUACUCCCUGACGUGGUUCAUCAACCUCUAUGUACAUUCUCUGGCUCACAGCCCAAAGAGUGACGAGCUGGAUCUACGCAUCCAAUACAUCAUUGAACAUUUCACCUUGAGCAUCUAUAACAAUGUCUGCCGCUCUUUGUUUGAGAAGGAUAAGCUGCUCUUCUCCUUUCUCCUGACCAUUGGCAUUAUGAAAGAGAAAAACAAAAUUAAUGAGGAAGUUUGGUACUUCCUUUUAACAGGCGGCAUUGCCCUGGACAACCCCUUCCCCAAUCCAGCUUCUGAAUGGUUGUCUGAGAAGGCCUGGGCGGAGAUUGUUCGUGCCUCUUCAUUACCCAAAAUGAAAGGCCUGAUGGAACAUUUUGAACAAAAUACCCAAGAAUGGAAGUUGAUCUAUGACUCCGCCUGGCCCCAUGAGGAGACAUUUCCUGGAUCUUGGAAAUUUCUUGAAGGACUGGAGAAAAUGGUGAUCCUCCGAUGCUUACGGCCUGAUAAAAUGGUCCCAGCUGUUCGAGAGUUCAUUGCUGAACACAUGGGAAAGGUAUACAUUGAACCUCCCACUUUUGAUCUCCAGGGAUCCUACAGUGACUCCAGUUGUUGUGCGCCAUUGAUUUUUGUGUUGUCUCCAGGUGCAGACCCAAUGGCAGGCCUGCUGAAGUUUGCAGAUGACCUUAACAUGGGAGGUUCCAAAACACAGACCAUCUCCCUUGGCCAAGGCCAAGGUCCGAUUGCUGCCAAAAUGAUCGACUCUGCCAUCAAAGAUGGGACCUGGGUAGUCUUACAGAAUUGCCAUCUGGCUACUAGCUGGAUGCCUGCCCUGGAGAAGAUCUGUGAGGAGGUGAUUAUCCCUGAGAACACCAACGCCAGAUUCAGACUCUGGCUCACCAGCUAUCCAUCAGAGAAGUUUCCAGUCAGCAUUCUUCAGAAUGGGAUCAAAAUGACCAAUGAACCCCCAAAAGGGCUUCGGGCUAACCUUUUGCGCUCCUAUCUCAAUGACCCCAUCUCAGAUUCGGUGUUCUUUCAAAGCUGCUCAAAGCCAGUGAUGUGGCAGAAGCUGUUGUUUGGCCUUUGCUUCUUCCAUGCCAUUGUUCAGGAGAGGAGGAACUUUGGACCUCUAGGUUGGAAUAUUCCUUAUGAAUUUAAUGAAUCGGAUCUCAGGAUUAGCAUGCGACAGAUCCAGAUGUUUCUCAAUGAUUACAAAGAGGUGCCAUUUGAAGCUCUGACCUAUCUGACAGGGGAAUGCAAUUACGGAGGCAGAGUAACUGAUGACAAAGACAGGCGUCUCUUACUGUCCCUUCUGUCCACAUUCUACUGUAAGGAAAUUGAACAGGACCAUUACUACCUUGCUCCUGGAGACAUUUACUAUGUCCCUCCUCAUGGCCCCUACCAGACUUACAUUGAAUAUCUCAGGACCCUCCCCAUCACAGCCCACCCAGAAGUAUUUGGCCUUCAUGAGAAUGCAGACAUCACUAAGGACAACCAGGAAACCAACCAGCUCUUUCAAGGGGUGCUGUUGACUCUUCCUAGACAGUCAGGAGGGAGUGGCAAGUCCCCACAGGAAGUGGUUGAGGAGCUGGCCCAGGACAUACUCUCGAAGCUUCCCAAUGACUUUGACUUGGAAAAGAUCAUGAAGUUGUAUCCUGUGAUUUAUGAGGAAUCUAUGAACACUGUCCUCAGACAGGAGCUCAUCAGAUUCAACAGGCUGACCAAAGUCGUUCGUAGAAGCCUCAUUGAUCUUGGCCGGGCCAUCAAAGGGCAGGUCCUGAUGUCCUCAGAGCUGGAGGAAGUCUUUAAUAGCAUGCUCCUGGGUAAAGUGCCAGCAAUGUGGGCAGCUAAAUCCUACCCAUCGCUGAAGCCCUUGGGGGGCUACAUGGCUGACUUACUGGCCCGUUUGGCCUUCUUCCAGGAAUGGAUUGACAAGGGGCCCCCUGUGGUCUUUUGGAUCUCUGGGUUCUACUUCACACAGUCAUUUUUGACAGGCGUCUCUCAGAAUUACUCCCGGAAAUACACCAUCCCCAUUGACCACGUUGGAUUUGAGUUUGAGGUAACCAAACAAGAAACGGGAAUGGAGAAUAACCCAGAAGAUGGGGCCUAUAUAAAAGGGCUUUUCCUAGAAGGUGCCCGUUGGGACAGAAAAGUCAUGCAGAUUGGAGAGUCUUUCCCCAAGAUCCUUUAUGACCCAUUGCCCAUCAUUUGGCUGAAGCCUGGAAAGAGUGCAACGUUUCUGCAUGAGAACAUCUAUGUGUGUCCGGUCUACAAAACAAGUGCCCGGAGAGGCACCCUCUCCACCACAGGCCACUCCACUAACUACGUCCUCUCUAUUGAGCUCCCAACAUACAUGCCUCAGAAGCACUGGAUAAACCGAGGGGUGGCUUCACUGUGCCAGCUGGACAACUGA